CGAUAUGAAGCGGAGUCCAAGCACGGGAGCAAAAGGUUCCAGUCCAGUUAUUUUUAUGUUCUGACUUAUGGACCACCUCCAGUACAUAUGGAUCUGAUCAAAGUCCUAAUCCUUUACUGGUUCAAUCCUAUUCAUGAGUAAGUCAUCAAACUCGCACCUUAUCAAAACAGAAGGCAAUUGUCCCUGUCACAGAUUAGCACAAUUUGAGAUUGGAGAACUGUCACUAGCCUCAGUUGCAAUAUGGUAGAUUUUAUUCAAACUACGAAACCUACAAACAAGCGGCUUCAGAAGUCUAGGUAUAAAUGUAUUCAUCACAUAGCAACAGAAAAUUCUGGAUGGAGGACAUCAAUUACCCCUGCCACAAUACCAAGCAAGUAUCAAACUGUGAGAUAUGAAAUUCCUGAGAGGAAGGGGUUUGGUUCUCAAGCAAGAAGAUUUGAUGAUGAUCUCCAGAAUGAAAAUCCAGGACCAGGUUCCUAUGAUUAUGUUCACAAAUCAGUCGAAACUUUCAGCACCUCUGUCUCCAAAAGAGGAAUGGGUGGACUUGCAUCCAAAGCAUCCCGUCAAGGGCGGAGAAGCACUUCUCACACGCCUGGAGCAAAUGCAUAUAAUAUUCCAUCUCCAAUUCUAUCGAAGGUUGAUUAUCACCUGGGGAACAGCAGUAUGUUCCAGCGUCCCAUUGCCAUGAAAAUGGAUGAUCUCAAAAACGUAACACCAGGCCCCAAUGAGUAUAAUAUUUCUAAUGUUUAUCUUGGGAAAACUAACAAUGUCUCUGCUGAGUCGGCAUUUUUAUCAAGAACCAGACGAGACCUGAUUCCACCAGGCAAAUUGAAGGGACCAUCCCCAUGUCAAUACAAAGUCAACCAUUCCCUGACAAAGGAGUCACCAAAAUCCAUAGUCUCUUCAUUUAGAUCCAAAACAAUCCGCCUGAAAUAUCCAAAAGACUCAAACCCAGGACCAGCAACCUAUCAACCCUAUAAAUCAAUGGGACAGGAGCAAACGCAAUAUGCACACUUGCACCCGUGGAAGAAACAUUAUUUGUGUAUUUCCGCUCCUCCCUUCCCAGUACGCAAAAACCCGACUCCUCCUGGUCCAGGUUAUUAUGACAUUGUUGACUUUCACGAUCCACCGAAGCACUAUAUGUCCAAUGCUGUGUUUGUAUCUAACACGAGCCGAUGGACUGGGAAUGUUCGAAACAAAGAUGCUCCAGGGCCAGCCUCCUAUGCACCGAAGAAAAGUGGAAAACAAUCUUUCCUAUACAAUACUGAUAAAAAAUGGGUGCCAUCAUAGAUAUUGAAGGAGAAACAAGGAAAGACAGAUGGGCUUUUCAAUGAUUUCAUUUCACAUCACCUUCUCAGACAUAAACUUUGUUUUGGUGGCAUUGGACAUACAGCAUGGAUUCAUCAUGGAUUUAAAUCAUAAUUCUAUUGUUAAAAAAUAUGAUCAAGUAUUUGAAUUUAUCGUUAAACUUUGGGUAGAGACAGUUUCACUUGCAUAUAUUUUCUAUCAUUGUGACGGAUCUCGUUCCUAAUGAAGUGUAAACAUUUAUCCGAAAGAAGAACAACGUUAUUGCUUUCUAUAGAAACGAGUUUUUCUGACAAACCUAUUAAUGAGUCAGUUUUCAUUUAUGUAUUUCUGACAUAAUCCAUACAAGCAUUGAAAGCAUAAGGUUGUGAUCUAGUUUUAUAUUUAUUUAUUUAUGCACUUCAAGCAAACAUUUUUAGUAAUGCCUAUUUCCCAAGGUAAAAUUCCAUUAUUAUGGCAGGAAGAAUUUGGAGAGAUUGUGGUGAUUCAAUACUGCACAAAGUAAUAUAUUAUGUCAAAGUCAUUAGUUGAGAGUCAAUUGACUUUUUCAUUAAUAGUUUUUCUGAAUAAAAAGCAGAACCAUUAUGGUAAUAAUGAGUCAUUUUGCCGAUCCUUCUUUAAACUGAUCUCUUCCAUCAAGAAUUAGAUCAUCUGACCUACUAUCAUGUAGGCGAUAUACUGCAGAUCAUGAAAUCUGAAAUAAAUUCAAAAAGUGCUGGAAAUACUCAGUGGGUCUUGUGGCAUCAGUGUUAAGACAAACAGUUCAGAUUUCAGGUCAGCGAUAUUGGGAACUGCAGAUGCUGAAGAAUCCAAGGUAACAAAGUGUGGGGCUGGAUGAACACAGCAGGCCAAGCAACAUCUUAGGAGCACAAAAGCUGACGUUUGGGCCCAGACACUGCAUCAGAAAAAGAUUUCAGGUCUGUUACUUUAUAUCAGAGCUCAUCUUGUUGGUUGACUUAACAGCCUUGAUGAAAGGUUAUCAAAGAUCAUAAAACGGUUUGGUGCCCCCACUGGUUAACUGGCUCCAGCCACCGCACUAUAUUGAAAAACAUUUGUAAGAUUCAGUUUUUGUUUACAAAGUGCCUUCCAGUCAUUUACAUGGCUGUCUUGGCUGUUUUCAGGUUGUGAAAUGUUUGAGCUGUUGGGUUUAUGUUUUGUAUCAUGUCAGCUUUUUAUUUGCAAUAAUGAGAGAUAUCACCUCAGUUGAUAUUGCUCAAACCGUAUAUAUGUUCCACUUUUAACGAAUGAUAUUUUGGUGUUUCUUAUGUAUUUGAUCUUAACAAAUGCCAAACUUCAUCAAUAUGGCGUUAGUAUAACCCAAUAAAUUGUUAGUAAGUAGCAAUCAUUUAGUGCCAGUGUAAAGUACAGGUCUUUGCCAUCAUUAUUUAUGUGAGGGAUUUUGAUAUGUGCCAUCCAUCAUGUUUAGAACUUCAGGGAUGAAUCUUAGUAGUUGCUGUCACAAACUGAAUGUUGGGUUGAAUCAUCUAUUUCUUUCAAUUCCCAGUUUUGAGAGUUUGAUGCCUUUUUCCUGAUUAUCUGUACAACUGAGCUUAGACUUUCUCAGCUUUAAAUAUGGUUCUAACCAAAUCCUCUUACUGAGACCCUUAGAAUGAGGUAACAUAUUUUAUAACUGUUCUGAGCUAUUUUCUUUCUUCAGGAGAAAAUUUCUUGUUCCUAUGUAAGAAACACCAAAGUAUCAUUCACACUGACAAGAUUUUCAGCUACCCUAGAGCCAAGCACAUAGUUGUUGGCAAGUAACAUUUGUCAUCCACAGCUGGUCACAAUUCCACAAACCAAUCAGCUACCCUUUGCUGGCUGAAUUUCACUUUGUACACACUGCCUGAUGCCUGUAACUAGCCCCUCUCAUUAUUUUAACAAAGAAUCAGUGUAAACAUCACUACAAAGAGUUUCAGUAACCUAUUUCCGAAAAGUGCAGCAAAUCCUUCCACAACAUUUGUUUUUUUUUUAAAAAACGGAAGGAUGGCACGGUGGCUCAGUGGUUAGCACUGCAGCCUCACUGUGCCAGGGAUCCAUGUUCAAUUCUAGCCUCGGGUGUCUGUCUGUCUGGAGUUUGUACAUUCUCCCCAUGUCUGCGUAACUUUCCUCUAGGAGCUGUGGUCUCCAGUCCAGAGAUGUGCAGGCUAGGUGGAUUGACCAUGCUAAACUGCCCAUAGUGUCCAGGGAUGUGUAGGUUAGGUGGAUAAGCCAUGGGACAUGCAGGGUUACGGGGAUUAGGUAGGAGGGUGGGUGUGGGUGUGAUGCUUUUG